GCACCAGCAAGAUCACAGCGACGGGGAGCCGAGGCAAGAAAUAAACCGGCCUCGAUUGAGGGACGAACACACACUCGUCUCCUCUUUUUCCUUCAUUAUUUUUUUUCAACAGACCACCAUUUUCCAUGCGGGUCCAGUUGACCCAUGAUGAGCUUGGAUUAAUCGCUGCUUGGGAUGCAUAAUCAAUGCCAGCAGUGUCCUCUUAUAUCGACCAAUCUAGAUUUCGACCCUCUAUGCUACAACACGCGGGCCGGUUCAAUUUAUCGCGCCACGAAAACGAUGGCGCUUCGGUCAUUUUUCUUUUCUUUUUAAAAAGGAGUAUUGGACUUUUAUCGGCGCCGCUCCGGGUCCCCCUUGUGGAGAAGGGAAGGGGGAUUCAUGAUACCCAGACUUUGGAACACAUUUUGCACUUUCCGCCACGAUCCACAUGCAAUAUUUGUUUGUUCUCUUUUUCUUUUCUCUAUCCUUGUUUACGAGCGCAUGACGUUCGUGCAAGUGCGACAUUCACUGUACAUUAUCCUUCAACGCUUGGGAUUCCGAGCAACGUUUAUGAGCGCCAACACCUUUGUGGCAGCAUUGUCAUUGCAUGGGGCGUCUUGUUUGCGAAUUCUUUCAUUGUUUUGUUUUCUUACAAUUCUCGGCUUCUCUUUUUUUUGGCAGUUCUUUUUUUUUCUACAAUUUACAGGCGCUCACCGUACCUGGAUCGGGGAUCAUAGUGAGCAUAUCUAUCAGGCGUUCAAUGGGGCAAGUUCUGCUCAGGGGUCUUGGAUUUUAUUUUGCAUGAAGCAGCGUAGACGGACGGGUAUAG